UUCCUCCCGGCUGACGAGACAUGCAGCAGGCAGCAGUUUUCGUGACCCUCCUGAUGGCGGCGGCAGCCUGGGCGUCCGAGAGUUACCACUACCACCCUCAGGCCACCCACGCCCACGCCCACAAGUCCGCCACCGAGCCCGCCCGCUAUAAUUACAAGUGGGAAGUGAAAGACAAGAGCUCCAGAAAUUACUACGGCCAUUGGAGUACCGCGACGGGCCCAUGACUCAGGGAAGUUACUUCGUCCACCUGCCCGACAGUCGCCUGAUGAGGGUCGAUUAUUACGUGGACGAAUAUGGAUACCACCCAACUAUCACGUUCGAAGGAGAAGCUAAAUAUCCAUCUCCUAAGGAUUACGCGGCUCCUUCUAAGGAUU